GCGCGGGGCCCUGGCCUGCGGGGCAGGGCGGGGUCGGCCGCGGCAUGGACGGCGCCGCGGCCGGCACGCUGCGGCGGGACGAGCUGCGCCGCUCGCCCGCCGGCCGCCCGCCGGCCCUCGGGCUCUCCGGCCCCGCCCGGCCGCCCGGCACCCCGGUCGUGCUCUCCGACGACGUCGGCGAGUGCGAGGCCGCCCUGCGCCGCAUUGCCGCCGCGGGCGCCGAGAGCGGCGGCGCCCUUGGCAUCGACACCGAGUGGUCCGGCGGCCCCCACGGCUGUUCGGUGGCGCUGCUGCAGUUGGCCUCGCGCGGCGGCGGCUGCCUGCUACUGAGGCUGCCGCAGCUCGAACGCAUGCCCGCCGGGCUGGAGGGCCUCCUGCUCGACGAGCGCUGGGUCAAGUGCGGCGUGGCGGUGGCACGCCGAGGACCUGAAGCUCCUGGAGGACCCGACCAGUUCGGCCUCCACUCCCGGGGCUUCGUGGACCUGCAGCCGCUCGCCGCGCGGCACGGCCUGGACCGGCACGGCCUGAGCCUGGCGGCCAUCUGCCAGGCCGUGCUGGGCUCGGCGCUCGACAAGUCGGACCACCUGCGCAGGCGGGCGGGCGCGCGCCGCAGGCGCAGGUCGCCUACGCCGCCUGCGACGCAUUCGUCGCGGUCGACAUCCUCGAGAGGCUGCACGAGCGGCACGCGCCGCUGGGGCAGGGCCUGCGGGCCUGGUGCGGCGACCUGCUGGACCGCGUGCCCAAGGGCCUGCGGCAGACCACCGCGAAGGGCCAUGGGGCGGGGCGCAAGCCCUGCGGCAUCAGGGCGCCCCCGCGGAAGACGCAGCUCUACGGCGGGUGCAGGCUCCUGA